CCCCUCCGUGCUGGCCAUGCUAGCCAGUUUCCCCGGCUAUCCCAUCUUCUUCACCACCAACCCACCCCCGUGAUCCAUCCGUGCCGGGCGGGGACCAAACAUUGCUGCAACGGAAAAUCCACGUCUCCAGCAGAGCGAGCAGCGACCCUUCAUCUUGGCACGAUAUCUGGCUGUCUUCUGGUGGGAGGAAGAAACAACACCACAUUGAUCGACUGAUUCGCAGUGGCACGGCCCACACACAGAUACACACACAUAGAUACAUACCUAGUCUAUGUACAUACGGGGUCGAUUCAAGGUUCAUGGCUCGUGGCUCAUUACAUUGUCAGUUCUGCCAUUCGCAAACCACGCUUGCCAUGCCACGGUCUUGUCGACCGCCAAAACAACUACAGCAACAACAUUGAACCAUCCAGUCAUCUACCUGUUGCCCGUGACUUUCUUCGGUCCGUUACUUGACCGGGCACUCAUCCGGCACCUUUCCUUUACGUCUGUCGUGUUGCGACCUCCAAAGCACUCGCUCUCACAGUCUCGUCGUCGUCGAAGCACGUCGCGCCGCGUGUCACCCACCAUUGCUGUCGUCAUGCGCUGAUACAGAAAAGACCGAUUUUCCAUUUGUCCAUUUGCAGCUAAUAAUCGGUGCUCAACAUUCUCGUACAUGCUGGCGAUGCUGGUGUCAUGUUCACUGCACCCACCGCAACACGUACACAGAAUACAGUCAGCCCGUCCAGCCAAUCAGAGACGCCAUGAUGCCACAAUCCACCAAAGCCACCAGAGACCGUCUUGCAUCCAUCUAGAACACCCGAAAACAUCUUUUGCACGUCAUUCUCUACCGAACCGAUGAUGCGGUGGCCCCUUGGGUUCUUGUCCGCGAAAGCUUGUGCUGUGAAACACCUCUUCUCACCAAUAAGCAUCGGCCGGGAUUCCAUGCAGGAGCCGCAUAUCCGUGAAGUUUCGUCGUUGCAUCUGGCUCGUGGCCACGC